UCACAAGCAAAUUGAAGAGCUCUGCUGCUUCAAAAUAAAAAUGAAUGACUCUUCUCUACCAGCUCCUGUUGCCAAGAGGCUAGAAGGCAAGGUAGCUUUGAUCACCGGAGCAGCUAGUGGCAUCGGCGAAAGCGCUGCAAGACUCUUUGUUCAACAUGGUGCAAAAGUUGUAAUUGCCGACAUCCAAGAUGAGCUCGGCCACUCUGUGUGCAAUGAAAUCGGCUCCGAUUAUGUCCACUGUGAUGUUACUAGCGAGAUUGAUGUCCAAAAUGCCGUAGAGACUACAAUCUCAAAGUAUGGUAAGCUAGAUAUAAUGUUUAGUAAUGCUGGCAUAGCUGAGGCCAAGCUCGAUAUAAGCAUCUUAGCAUUUGAGCACGAAGAUUACAAGAAAGUUUUCGACGUGAACUUGUAUGGUGCCUUCUUGUCAGCCAAGCACGCUGCAAAAGUAAUGAUCCCGGCAAAGAAGGGCAGUAUUAUAUUCACUUCAAGCUUUGCUUCGGUGUGUUAUGGGGCUAUGCUCCCAUACGCAUAUGCUGUGUCAAAACAUGCUCUGGUUGGACUUAGUAAGAACUUGUGUGUAGAAUUAGGGCAAUAUGGAAUUAGAGUUAAUUGCAUUUCACCAUUUGGUGUGGCGACUCCAUUAUUAAGGAAAGGAUUGGGAGGGAUCGACCAGAAGACGGUGGAGGAGUUCAUUUGUACAUCAGCGAACUUGAAGGAGGCAGUGCUGAAAGCAAAUGAUGUGGCAGAGGCAGCACUGUAUUUGGGUGGUGAUGAUUCCAAGUAUGUUAGCGGACUAAAUUUGGUUAUCGACGGUGGCUAUAGCACCACCAAUGUGGCCGUAAGAGAGCAAAUGAAAGAAUAUUUUGGUUAAUAAAGGUGUGUUUGUUAAGAGGGAUUAAGAAGGGAUAGACAAAAGAAUAAAAAGUGAAGAAUUGAGUAUUUAAUAUCGCAAGGAUGGAGAUUGAAAAGAUAUUGGAAAUAUCGGUUUCAAUCCUUAAUUUACUGUGAUUUUUAAUUAGCUUUUUUAAUCCGGAUGGAUUGAAUUUCAUCCUUUCUCUUAUUAGCUAAAUAAUCGAAGGAAUGACAAGUCCUGUUA